GGCAACGCUGCCAGCGUGACGUAUAAUCUAAUGGACGGUUCUUCAGAAACAGCUCGUCAACCACUUCGGUAGCUUGCUAACCAACAUAGCCGAAAGAUUCAAGUUAUUUAUACGCUUUCGGUAUAUAUUAGCUACUCUGUUUUCGACACACUUCUGUGUCUAAACUUGUUAACCUAUUUAAUAUUACGUUUUUUGUAUUAGUCAGCUAUAGUAGCUGGCUGGUUUAGUUAGCACUAGCCUAGUCGCUAAUAAAGCUAGCUAACAUCCCCGACCAUGAGUUCACUCAACUACUCUCGUCCUGUUAAAGAAGAGGGGGUCUGCUGGACGGAGAAAGAGGGUCUGUGGCUGAACAUUGUUGUGAAAGAGGAGAAGGAAGAGGAGGAUGUCACGGUUAAACAAGAAGUAGAGGGUGAGGCUGUGAAAGUGAAAGAAGAGGAAGACGCGUUCAGAGUGAAAGAGGAGGACGAUGUUACAGUAAAAGAAGAGGAGAAAGAGGAGGAUGCAGUUUUUGGAGUGAAGGAGGAGGAGGAGGGGGAGAUGACUGUCACGUUGAAGGAGGAAGAGGAGGAGGUUGGAGAUCUGUUUAACACCAGAGAGAUAUUUAACUAUCAUGGAUCCUCUGGGGAGCCUCAACAACCUUGUGAUGCUGAAGAGGCAGAGAAGAGUCUCUCCGGAUCAGAACAACUCAAUAAACACCUGCAGAGAUCCACAGGGAAGAGAACUCACUGCUGCUCUGACUGUGGGAAGAGAUUCACCUCAUCAGGCAUUAAAAUUCAUCAGAGAACACACACAGGAGAGAAAUCUUACAGCUGUGGUCAAUGUGGGAAGAGUUUUGGUAGAUCUUGCCAUCUUACUCAACACCAGAGAACACACACAGGAGAGAAACCAUACAGCUGUGGUCAAUGUGGGAAGAGUUUUGGUCGAUCUUGCCAUCUGACUCAACACCAGAGAACACACACAAUGGCAAAGGAAGCGGAAAGAAAAGGACCCCUGUGCCAUUAUGCGGUGACCAGCCUGGCAAAGAACAACUUCAGGGUGGUCACCGUAAACAUGUACAAUCCGCACGUGAAGGAUGAAGAAGUGAGGGCCUUUCUGGGGAGAUACAUGGACAAUGUCUCCUCAGCGAGGGGAACACUCUACUAUGCCCGUCAGCCCCCGUUCUGCAGGCGUUGUAUGGCCUACGGCCAUAUCCUGGCCUCGUGCAGUGCCAAGAGGUGUCGAUUUUGUGGGUCGGAAGAGCACGAGGCCAAGGAAUGUGACGAGCCCAAGGCUUGCCACGGGUGUGGCUCAAGAGCACACCUGUGGCGUGAUUGCCCGGCUCGUCACAGGUCAUACGCGUCUGCAGCUGGGGGGGGAGCGGGGGAUGGGGGGAGGAAAGAAAGGACGCGUGCGGAUUGCAUGGAUGGCACAGGGGAAAAGACGGCGCAGGAAGAAGAUGGGAAGAAGGAUGAGAUGGCAAAGGAAGCGGAAAGAAAAGGACCCCUGUGCCAUUAUGCGGUGACCAGCCUGGCAAAGAACAACUUCAGGGUGGUCACCGUAAACAUGUACAAUCCGCACGUGAAGGAUGAAGAACAUCAAGCAGAUGUACCCGUGACUGAGGCAGAUGUGUCCGUGACUGAGGUAGAUGUGUCCGUGACUGAGGUAGAUGUGUCCGUGGCUGAGGUAGAUGAGCUCAUGGCUGAGGCAGAUGUUCCCAUGACUGAGGCAGAUGUGUCCAUGGCUGAGGCAGAUGUGCCCAUGGCUUAG